CGCGCGACAACGCCGACAAACCGCGUUGCCAUCAUCGCCAUGCUCGUGCGUUCGGAAAAAACAAAUUUUCAUUGCUGUUUUUAAUAUUUGUCUAACAAUUAUAAAAUGGCAAAACUCAGUUCUUAUUAUACAUUGUGUCCGCUGAUCGAUAAACAAAGCUUACUUGGAGUUGAACAAGAUGCCGAUUCUGCUUGUGUGAUAGUAACACUCGGCAGAAAUAUCGUUAUUCGCUAUAAGCUUCAAGAUCUAAAACAAGUCAGUAGUUGGUCAAGCAAAGAACGCCUGUCGACUCAAGUUACGUAUGACAAAAAAACAAGCCAAUAUACAGCUGUGUUUAAUGAAAAAUAUAUAAGAGUAUGGAACGGGGAUGAAACGGAUUUGGACAAAGUGAAAAGAUACAAAUUUAGUAAGCCAUUCCACACGAUAUUGUCUUUAGAGGGUAAUUCGCCAAUUUUAGUGCGACAAGAUGGAGCAACGGCAUCAUUGAAAUGGGCUUUGGAGAACAGAAAAACAUGGACAUCCAGAGGGAUCCUCAAGUCCAAUGAGAAAUUACAGAAUUGUCAAUUGGUUAGUUUCGAAAGUAGAACGUAUUUGUGCGCGUUGACAAAAACGGAUCAAUGUUACAAUUACAUUGUAGUGGGUUUGCACGAUGAUACGUGUUUGGAGGAUCCGGAACACGCGACAAGAAUUGAAUUGAAGCGUACCUCGGAGUUCCUGGUAGGUCACGUUAUAUUGCAAGAAAGAAGUGAUGUUGCUCUGUUGACUCUUUGGUCACACGGAAGAUUGUACAGCUAUCCUUUAAUAAGAACUUGCAAAACUCCGAUACCUGGCACGUUCAUAAGCGUUGUCACAGAGAUAAACACGAAACAUCCGGUAGUAAUGGUAGCAUUGAACGAAUCGAGGAUCGCCGCGUAUGGAGCCGAUGCCCAGGAAGAGGGCUCGGUUCUUCUCAUCUAUAACGUUCAGUUUAAAAUCGUGCAAGCCGUACAAAAGCUUAAAUUGUACACAAAAGACGCUAAAUUAUGGCGGAUCGAGGAUAAACUUCUACUUGCGGCUAACAGACACUUGGCGAUAGCUCCGUAUCGCCUUUCCCCUCAAAGCCUUGAACCCAUAAUAGGUUCUUCGUUGAACUUCAAAGCCAACAAGAAUGGCAACAACGACUAUGAGGUUGUCGUCAUCCAAGAAUCCACCGUUAAACAUUGGCAAAAAGACUCACUGUCCCCAACAAAAAUAUUUGCGAAAGAUAUACCUUCGAGGAUCAUUAACCAAAUAAACAUUUCGUUGGAGGAGGGCGCCGACGACACAGUGAUUCAUUGUACUUUCCUUCCUCAACUUAUCGAAUUCAAGGACGUUUCUACGAUCGUGCGGUGUCUCGACCAUUCCGAGGAUUUGCCAGCAAAAUUGCUAAUCGACCUCAUUUCAUUUUGUCUCAAAACGCCAGAAACAGCUUUUUCUCGUCCUCUCCAAAACGGAAAUUCCGGUGGAAAGAGACAAUCUUACACCGCUUCCUUUUCUCGUCAUGCCUUCCUCGACCGAUUGUUUCGAUUCACUUUAUCCGAUGUCUCACUCAUCACCUAUCUCAAAUCCGAAUUAAGCUUCAGCGAAAUCCUCACUCUCACGAGGUAUUUGAUAAAAAAAUUGAAAAACUCAGACUUUUUGGAUCACUCCAUAGAACCUGACGAGAAACAAAUCUAUCAGUGGUGCAGCCUUCUACUCGAUUCUCAUUAUCAAAAUUACUUACUCUCCCAAGAUCCUGGCGUUUUAGAUGUACUCAAUGAGUUGGCCGCUCUUCUCGAUCAACAGUUUCAGUUACUCCGGGACAUUGAAAAUCUUAGACCGAUGUUGUUCCAAGUUAUCAACAGAAAACCUCUAAAAACUUCGAUAAAGGAUUUCAAUAAAUUUUAUUCUAUAGAAGAAGUGCAAUUGUACUGAAAAUACAUUUGAGAGAAAAAAAAACAAA